GCGGUUAUAUUUGUCAAUGCUAACAUGCUAUCUCCUCUCUCCUCUUAAAUAUCCAACCAUAAUGACUGAGAAACUCUUUUUAUUUGCACUAACUCUUCAUCGUUAAUUCACUAAACUCCAGUAGAUCGCCUUAUUUCCGUUGGUUUUCUUUAAAAUAGCUCAACAUUUCAAGUGAAACCUGACCUAAUACGCUAAAGCGCUAGCAUUAGCGAACAACGAAGCUUUAACGGACUGUUUCUGACAUAAAAGUUUCACUGGGAUUUAUUAAACAUGUCUACCGUCCAAAUUCUGAGAUGUUUAGUGAACCAGAGGCUGACUGCUGCUGCUGAAGAGGUUUUUGAAAUGUUUGAAAGAACGAUAGCAGACUACGAGGAGAAACUGAGACGAUCCAGAGAGGAGAACCAUCGACAACAGAAACUACUGAGUGCUGUUUACAACCCUGAAAUCCACCUGGACACAGCAGAUGUUGAACAGCUGAUGGUGAGAAAAGAAGAGGUUCUCCCUGAGCAGCAGGAGAGGAGCUCUAGUCUGAACCAGGAGAUUACUGAGCCUCCACUCAUUAAAGAGGAACAGGAGGAACUGUGCAUCAGUCAGGACAGAGGGCAGCUUUGUGGAGCAGAAGAAGAUGAGAUCAAUGUGUUCACAUUCACUCCUGCCUCUGUGAAGAGUGAAGAAGAGGAUGGAGAGGAACCUCAGUCCACACAUUCAUAUCACACCGACACAGAAGAGAGCAGAGACACAGAGAAUGUGAAAACAGGAGUCAGUGGAGAGGACCGUGGAGGAUCUGAAGCAGACAGGGGCUUUAUUCCAGACUAUUAUUUACUGCCAGCUCCUCCUAACAAGACUUCACACCUUUUCAGACCUGAUGCUUACCAAAGUGGUGAUUGGGGGGAGAGUGAUGAGCCUCAAGAGGGUUUAAACCCUUGGCAGAACAAAGACAUUGCUGUGCAUGCUGUGAUAUUCAACACUGAAAACACAUCAGUUAGCUCCUCUGGAUGUGCCCCACAAAAGAAACAACAACAGGAGGAGAAAGGAGAGAAACCAUUUGGUUGCUCCGUUUGUGGCAAAAGUUACCCAAGCAAGAAUAACCUAAAACAGCACAUGUCACGUCAUGCAACAGAGAAACCAUUCAGCUGCUCAAUCUGUGACAGAAGUUUCAUCACAAAGGCAGAGAUGGUGAACCACAUGAGGUCACACACAGGAGAAAAACCUUUCCAAUGUGUUUUUUGUGGUAAACAUUUUCUGCAUAAAUAUUAUCUUUCGAGACAUAUGAGGAUUCACUCAAUGGAGAAACCAUUCAACUGCACAGAGUGUGGUAAAAGUUUUCGCUCUAAAUCGAAUCUUUCUGAUCACAUGAGAAUUCAUGCAGGAGAUAAACCGUACGGCUGCUCUGUGUGUGGUAAAAUAUUCAGACGAAAUCGUACUCUUACAGACCAUAUGAGAAUUCACACAGGAGAGAAACCCUACAGCUGCAGUGUCUGCGGUAAAAGAUUUAUCCAAAAAAGUGCUUUUACAGGUCACAUGAGAGUUCACACAGGAGAGAAACCCUUCAGCUGCAAUGUUUGUGAGUUAAGAUUUACUCAUCAGUUUCAGUUGAGAAUUCACAAAUGUGCUGGCAGGAAGGCUUCAGAGCCUCUUCAGCCCCAAACAGAGGACAACAGACAGGCAGAAACACACGGGGAUGAGGGAGGGGACUGGAGAGGAUCCGAACCUGACAGGAACUCUGAUCCGGAGAGGAAUUCACAACUGGAGACUGAGGUUAAGGCUGAAGCUACUGAUGAGAAUCACUGAGGCCCUCAGGUUGGGUUUUAUUUUUAAACUCAGGGAAUUUAUGAAUGUCCCUCAUCGAUAUGAGAUGUUAAACUGUUAAAAGAUUGUGGUUAUACAUCCAGCUGGAAUUUCCUCUCAAAGAAACAUCAGAGCUCACACAGAGAGAAAUGAUGUUCGCAUGAAAUACUGUGUUAAUGCUGAAGGUUUAGAGCACAGGUGUCAAACUCAAGGCCCGGGGGCCAAAUCUGGCCCAUGGAACAGUUAAAUCCGGCCCUAAAGAUGAUCUGAUAUUUCUAACUGUCCCAUCAGU